AAGCCCUUUACUAGACGAGGUGUUCUAUCAACAAUAAACAGCCUCUAUGAUCCGCUGGGCUUUGUAGCACCAGUCACCAUACAGGGAAAGUCAAUUCUACGUGAACUUACAGCUGAAAAUGGGGACUGGGAUGCUCCACUGCCUCCUGAAAUGGAAGAGUCCUGGACACAGUGGAAAGACUCACUCAAAGACCUGCCUAACAUGACCAUUCCCAGAGCAUACACAGACAUUUCCCCUUCAAAAGCCGUGAAAAAAAGAGUGGUGUGUUUUUUCAGACGCGUCUACCAAAGCCAUAGCUGCAGUGGCCUAUUUAAAAGUGACAGAUGCAGAAGGACACAGUCAAGUAGGCUUCAUAAUGGGUAAGGCUAAGCUAGCACCACGCCCAGAUCAGACUAUUCCAAGAUUAGAGCUUAGUGCUGCCGUUUUAGCGGUUGAGCUCGCAGAUCUUAUCUCAGAUGAACUUAAACUGAACUUAACUGUAAACUAGAUCACACUACCUUCUACAAGGACAGUAAAGUAGUCCUAGGUUACAUCUACAACGAGUCUAGAAGAUUUUAUGUCUAUGUCAGUAAUCGUGUGACUAGAAUCCGCAGAUCUUCUCAGCCAUGCCAGUGGCACUAUGUAGCAAGCAGUCAGAACCCUGCGGAUCACGCCACUCGUUCUGUUCCUGCAUACCAGCUGCCGCUUAGUAACUGGCUCACUGGUCCUGACCUUUUGCAUCAGAUUCAGAGUUCUCUAAAUGACUCCUAUGACCUUGUAGAGCCCAGCAUGGACUCAGAUGUAAGACCUCAGGUAACUGCACUCAAAACAACAGCCUCAACUAAAGAACUGGGCUCAGACAGAUUCACCAAGUUUUCUACCUGGAAAUCCCUCACACGUGCUCUUUCUAGACUAAUACAUGUCAUCCACAACUUCAAAUCACCACCAAGCAAAGCCAAUCACUGUCAUGGCUGGCAUUACUGUGAAACGGGACUUACUGUGGAUGAGUUAAACCAAGCUCAGAACCUUGUCAUUCGAGCAGUACAGCAGGACGUGUACGCUGAAGAAAUCAAGUGUGUGCAAAAACAUGAAAAACUACCCAAAACCAGUCCUCUCAAAACCUUAGACCCCUAUCUGGAUAAAGAAGGACUCCUUAGAGUAGGUGGUCGCAUCAGAGACUCAAACAUUAGCCAAGGUGAGAAAAACCCUCUCAUAGUUCCUGGCCACCACCAUGUUGCAGCGCUUCUCAUAAAGCACUACCACGAGCAGACCCAGCAUCAGGGUCGCCUUUUCACAGAAGGAGCCGUUCGCUCCGCAGGAUGGUGGAUUGUGGACGGUAAAAGAAAAGUGAGCACAAUCAUCCAUCACUGUGUUACCAGCAAAAGACUUCGUGCCCCUUUGAGCACACAAAAAAUGUCAAACCUCCCUCCAGACCGUCUCACAACAGAUCCCCCGUUCACAAAUGUGGGCUUAGAUGUGUUUGGUCCGUGGUUUGUGUCUUCACGACGUACAAGAGGAAGCGUCAAUCAGAAUAAAAGGUGGGCUGUCACAUUCACUUGUUUGAGUAUUAGAGCAGUUCACAUUGAAGUGGUAGAGUCACUUGAUACAUCUAGCUUCAUUAAUGCAUUCCGACGAUUUCUGGCCGUGAGGGGACCAGUGAAAACUGUUCGCUCUGAUCGAGGCACCAAUUUUGUAAGCGCAAUGCCAAGAACUGAAAAUCCCUUCAAACUUGGACAACACAGCUGUGCACACCUUCUUAAAAGAACAUGGAUGUAAAUGGACUUUUAACCCACCUCAUGCCUCCCAUUUCGGCGGAUCGUGGGAAAGAAUGAUAGGUUUAGCACGGAGAAUAUUGGACUCUGUUUUUUCAGCUUAAGACCACCAAACUCACUCAUGAGGUUCUCGUCACUUUCAUGGCAGAGGUGGCUGCUAUCAUAAACUCUAGACCCCUUGUCCCAGUUUCAUCAGACCCGAGUGUAACUAACAGUGAAGUAUUCCAAGGUUUUUCCUUGUGUUUAUAUUUGUAAGUUUCCUUUAAUUGUGGAACCUUGUAAUUGGCGGUAGCGGAAGUAACGUGCAGCACGGACUGAGUUUGUGGUGACACAAGAGCAGAGAAGCAUGGCGCUCUGUGAGUUCUGCUGCAUCGUCCUACUGCUUUAAACUGGACUAAGUUUUAAAGAACACAUAAGUUGAGUUAAAUUAAACCCAAUUGUGGACUUACUGUGGAGAGGAGUAGCGGCUCGCGCGAAGAACGGACUUUCUCCCGUUUGGCUACAGCAGGCAAUGAGUUCUCACGAUGAUGAUGAUGAUGAUGAUGAUGACGACGCUGAGUGAUCUUGUCGCCGAACAUUGAAUAAAUCAUCUGUAAACAAGAACUUGUCCGCGUGGUGGCUGACGGGAGCUACACCGAGUGACCCCUUUAUCUUGACUCCAGCUGUCCUCCUGACUCAAAAGGUAGCACCCCUUCAGGCUCCAGCUGAAAAAUUCACAGCAUCAGACCUCUACAAACAUCAGUGGCGCCAGGUUCAGCACCUGUCGAACAUCUUCUGGGACAAAUGGAGAAAGGAGUUUCUCCCUACCCUCCAGCCACGCCGCAAAUGGUAAUCAAGCCAGCCUAAUGUGAGCUUAGGAAGUGUUCUGGUACUUAAAGACAGUCAAGUGCCAAGAAAUGAAUGGCCUCUUGGUCUCAUAACUAAGGUGUUCCCAAGUAAAGAUGGUAAAAUACGUACCAUGGAAAUUAAGGUAGCCAAAUCAGAUGGUACAAAGGUGUUAACCAGACCUAUCUCAGAGAUUGUACCUUUAGUGCCUUCUUAACAUGUUGUUUUCCCCAAUAUUUAAUUGUGGCGUUUAUUCACGCCAGGCGGGGAGUGUUCUGUUAUCACUAAAAGUUGUAAAAUGUAUCACUAAAAUAUCAUUCUCAGUCAGUUGUUAUUCAUUAUGAGUUUACAGCGCCCUCUGUGGUUGCUCCAAGUAAUGCACUUUAGAAACGGCUUUAUUUUGAAAAAACUUUAUUGAACAGGAAGUCCGCUCAGUCAAGCAAAGCAAGCGAGCAAGAAGAAGGGAAACAUAUCGGCACAAGCUGUGUUAAAGACUUUCUCGAAAGGUGUUUGCACGAAAACAAGAACGGACAAGUUGUAGAGCUGGGGAAAUAUAUAUAGACAAGAACUGGAAGGGGCGUGUUUGGAGGCGUGGUCCCGCUCCUGAAAUUUAAAUAAUUUAUCUC